AUGAGGCGUGUUUUGGAGCAAUUGGGAGUGUGGGAUUGGGCCAACAUGUCACAUGUCUAUGAAUUGCGCGCCGAUCCCUGCCUCAUGCGUCAUCGAGGCGGGAGGGUGACGAGUCCUGGCCGGUCCGGCACGGUCCAGGCUCGAGCUCCACCCGCCCCUCCCGACGGAGCAGACCUCGUUUUUGGGGCACGCGGUCGCCGGGACUCGCGGCCCCACCCAACGGAUGAGUCAGCCCGACGGAUGCAGCCCUCUCCCGUGGUGCUGGGGGUGGGAGUGUGUCGGCCUCGCCCCGCAGACCGGAGAUGUCUGAAUGACUGUGGCUCUGGUUGUGGGUGUGUCACAGCCUGGUACCAUCGUGUCUGGUUGUGCUCAUGCCGGGCUGGAUGUGUGCCCACAAGCCGCCGCACCACCGUACCGCGGACACACCGACACGCCAUUGCUGAUUGGUUGACUGCCGCCUCGACGGGAUUAAUCAGCACCGCAAUCGAUCGUCUCAUUGGAUCCGUCUUCUGUCGGCACCUCAAGUCACGAGUGUUGGAUUAUGUCCGCCUUUUACGUGAAACUGGAUAA